AUGUCUAACCCGUCGCAGCUCUUUUUACUAGCUGAUCAUAUAAAGCUAUCGCUGCUCGAGUGGCAGCGUGCUCAAAAUCUCGAUCCCGACGACAACUCCCACAAUAGCGACGUCUCCCGCUCGUUCGACCAGCUGCGAAACGGCAUUGCUUCGUUAGAACAAGAGAGCGCUCGCCUCCAAGAGGCCGGCGAUGAAGUGGCCUCCCAAGCCAUUACUGAAUCUCUUCCGGGACUGCAUAAACAGUUUGACGAGUUAAUAUCUCAGUACCAUUCGCUUGCCGGCUCGUUGUCUCAAGAACCCGGCGAAGAAGCAGAUGAACUCUCGUCAUCCGCCAACCGAUCUGCACGUAAACCCAAAUCCGUACGGUUCAGCGAAAACCCCCCUUCACCAACUCAGGAGCUAUUCGGCCGCUACCGCGAUGACCCGAACGCCUCUUCCGAAUCUCUCGGCUACAGUGACCACGCUGCUGGAUUAUCCAACCAACAAAUACACGCAUAUCAUUCACAGAUUAUGCAAGAGCAAGAUGAUCACCUUGAUCGCCUAGGAGAGUCCAUAGGGCGGCAGCGGGAACUCAGUAUGCGAAUUGGUGAUGAACUAGAAAGCCACAUGGCUAUUUUGGAAGAGGUUGACGAAGCUACUGAUCGCCACUCCAGCCGAUUAGAUCGAGCCAAGAAGGCUCUAGGAAAAGUCGCGAAAAGUGCUUCGGAUAACAAGCAACUAGCGAUUAUUUUCGCUCUCAUUAUUAUUCUUGUGCUGCUAAUCGCUAUUUUGAAAUGA